AUCUAGAAGGUGCACGUACGUAGACAAGGUGUUUAGCACUCUGGCUCAUGACGACACCUGACGCUUGACUCGCGACACCUAGGCCUUCUGUAGCUGCUUGUCCUAACUCGACACGCAUGCGUAUUUGAAUACUUCCUGGUUAUGGAAGUUCGACUGCUAGUACAGCUGUACACCUAUAGAAAAUAAUCCCCCGUCUCUGAUUAAUUUAUCUGAGUGGACGUGGCAUACGCUGGAGGGUGGUAUGGAUUAGAAAGGAGGCGUAAAAAGGAAUGAUGUAAACUUGGAGAUCAGCCCUAUAUAAUGGCUUGCGUAUACUCAGUGUGGGUCCUGUGUGCUGUCCUCCUGGUGUGGUAUGUCAGCGCCCAGAACACCCAGAACGCCCAGCUGGAUACCAAUUAUGUGGGGACAGUGUUCAAGGGAAAAUCUCACACCUAUGCCUUCAAUGUGUUUCUGAAUGAGACCAAUGCUGUCCGUAUCCAUGUAGAAGCGAAUGCAACUGCUAGCAGCAAGACCCCAGUACUGUUUGUGGAGAAACAGCAAAGCAGUAUACUUUCCUGGCAGCUCCCCCUCAUUUUGGAACAUACCUAUAAUUACUAUACUGUCAGCCGAACAUUGUGUAACGAGAACCAGGGCAAGGUCAUCCCAGACAAUGCCACUGUGACUAAGGAAGAUAUCGAAGUCUCAGUGUCUUCUUUCUCUGAGCAAGCUAUAUACUAUAAACUCAAUGCUUCCAGAGUGGCAGACUUCUUUUUUAUCACUGGGAAGGUGUACCAGCUAGAGGUGUCCCCCUCAACACCAAUAUACUUCCAGUACGUGUUUCCAGAGAAUGUGGACAAAGUCCUGGUACGUGCUUCCUCAGAGGACGACCUGUGUAUGGUGCUCUCUAUACAGGAACUCCAUUGUCCUGUAUUUGACCUAGAUAGAAAUGUGGAGUUCACAGGAGAAUACCAGACUAUGACCAAAAAAGCAGCUAUAUCUGUGCAGAAAUCUGUAUUUGGUAAAGCUGUGUACAUAGUCCUGGUAGUGAAGCCAAGGGACUAUGAGUGUCUGGGUACAGAGAAGGUGGCUCCACCUGGCAAGGAGGGGAGGUGGAAGAGUGUAACUGUCACAGUGGAACACAGUUUGACAGUGACAGACUACUAUGUGGCCAUAGGUACAGCAGUAGCAUUCUUUGGCUUCUUUUACCUUGUUGCCGUGAUUAUUUCUUUUGUGCACUACUAUUUAUAUCCAAACAAAAAAGAUGAGCAAGAAGGGCUUACAGCUGAGAGAGUAAACCCUGAAUGUCUUCCUCUUUAUGAUGACCCUAACAUUCCUAUAACUGAGGGAGCACCUGACAAAACCUAUGGAACUCAGGGGGAUGUCAUUGCCCAGCCAGCUGCCAACUUUACAGCGCCUCAAAGUGCUAGCCGAGAGAGAGCACCCGCCAGUGGCACUGGCUCUAGUGCUGCAGCACACUAUGAUUCUGAUAGCUCAUUGGACGAGGCUGACAUCGACAUGUUGGCUGAUGCCGAGCUGGAGAAGGAUGUAUUUAGAACUAAGCCUUUCCUCUAUGUGGCUGACUUAUCUAGGAAAGGGAGGAAAGUUUUAAGACAAAAAUUCAAACUUUACCAGUGGAACCUUAUAACCAUAGCAAUCUUUUAUGGACUUCCUGUCAUCCAGUUGGUAAUCACCUAUCAGACGGUAUUGCAUGUGACGGGCAACCAGGAUCUCUGCUAUUACAACUUCCUGUGUUCACAUCCACUGGGGGUGCUCAGCAGCUUUAACAAUGUCUUCAGCAACAUUGGCUAUAUCAUGCUGGGCCUGCUCUUCCUAGGGCUCACUUGGAGACGGGACUAUUUGCACAAGAAAGCUGUCGAAAGGAAUGACAUUUAUGAAAGGGAGUAUGGUAUACCUCAGCACUUUGGACUGUUUUAUGCUAUGGGACUGGCACUUGCCAUGGAGGGGUUCAUGAGUGGAUGUUAUCAUGUAUGCCCCAGCUACACCAAUUUUCAGUUUGACACAUCCUUUAUGUACGUGAUAGCUGUACUGUGCAUGUUGAAGAUCUAUCAAAGUCGUCAUCCAGAUAUCAGUGCUACAGCUUACUCCAGCUACUUCUGCCUGGCUUUUGUCAUCUUUAUAGCUGUCAUUGGGGUGGUCUAUGGGUCAUUGUUAUUCUGGAUAGUGCUGACUGUGGUGCACAUGUUGGCUUGUAUGGUGUUCACAGUGGAGAUCUACUACAUGGGAAGAUGGAAGAUGGCAGCAAAUUUGGGCGUAUUUAAACGUAUCUGGAAUGUUGUUAUCAUUGAUCGGCUGAAGUGUGUGCGCCCCAUGUACGUGGACAGAGCCGUGCUGCUGGUGAUUGGCAAUCUGUGUAACUGGGCUUUGGCGUUUUAUGGUGUAAUUGAGCGCCCCAAGGACUUUGCAUCCUACCUGUUGGCCAUAUUUAUCAUCAACCUGCUUCUGUAUACUGCCUUUUAUAUAGCAAUGAAGAUUCGCCACAAAGAAAAGAUCAUGCUGAUUCCUUGCUGUUUCAUCUUGCUGGCUGGCAUCACUUGGGGUUUUGCUCUUUGGUUUUUCAUGGCCAGACUGACUUCAUGGGAGUUGACCCCUGCUCAGUCUCGAGAAGGUAACCAACCAUGCAUGCUACUGCAGUUCUACGACCAACAUGACGUGUGGCACUUCCUGUCAGCUACUGCCCUCUUUCUGUCAUUUAUGAUUCUUCUCACCUUGGAUGAUGACUUAGUGAGGACCCCAAGAGACAAAAUUCCAGUCUUUUAAAAAUAAAGUUACAAAGAGACCAUAUUGUAAAUAUGUUUGGAGUAAAGACCCCCAGGAGACAAGUUCCCAGGAAUUUAAAGACAAAGAUAUAACAAGCCCAUAGCCAGCAAUUUUGAAAGGGGGGUUCUUUUUCUGAAAAAGUGGACCUUUUCCC